AUGAUGUCUAGGGUUCUUCAGAGGCACCCCACUGGAGUGGAUGCUGCCAUCAACAACCUAGUGAAUAUAUAUAUGCAAGCUUCCUACAUUUACCUAGAUAUAGGCUUCUAUUUUAAACGAGAUGAUGUAGGUCUCACGGAGCUGGGCUAUUUCUUUCAUAAACUGUCCGAGGAGAAGCUUGAAGGAGUGUAUCAACUCCUGAAGAUUCAAAACCUGCGCCGAGGCUGCACUUCCUUUCAAGAUGUGAAAAGACCUUUCCAAGAUGACUGGGAUAAUACCCUAAAGAUCAUGGAGGCUGCGUUGGUCGUAGAAAGAAACCUAAACCAGGCCAUUCUGGAUUUGCAUGAUCUGGGUACUGACCUAAGAGACCGCCCACUCUGUAAAUUUUUGAAGACUUUCAUGGGAGAGGAAGUGAAGCUCCUGGAGAAGAUGGGUUUGUACCUGACCAACCUUCGCAGACUUGCUGUCCCCACAACUGGGCUGGGUGAAUAUCUGGUGGGAAGUUUCCCUCCUAAAAAAGGCAAGUAG